AUGUACGGGUUGAAAAAGAGGUGGUCCUCUAUCUUUACAAAUCAGCGAUUUUGUGCCGGCCUACAUGCAACAUCGCGUAGUGACGUUACAAGCAAGGUUAUUAAGAACCUUUGUAGUGCAAGCACAUCAUUACAUGAUUUUGUGCUUAAGUUUGAAGAAGUACAAAUUCAAUGGCGGCGAAAAGAAGCUGAAGAGGAUGCACUCUGUAUAGGAAUGCCAGGGUUAUUUGUGCAAAACAAUGAACUGUUGAGUAGUGCAGCUAAAUUCUUGACACGAAGUGUCUUUCGAAAAUUGGAGCAUGAGGCUAGUUAUUCAAUGAAUGUUGAUUUAAUCAAAGGGCCAUCAAGUUAUGCUUCAGAUGACAUAGAAUUCACUGUGUCUUCUGGUAACUCUGGUGGGAACCCGAGGGUUGUUAAAUUCAAUAGGUCAAGUGACCUUGCUACCUGCACUUGUCGUCUUUUUGAAACAGCGGGAAUUUUGUGUUCUCACAUUUUCAAUAUUUAUUAUCUUAUGAAUGUGAAAAGCAUUCCAAAAGAAUAUUUAUUGACGAGACUAUCUCGGUUGGCGAAGAAUAGAAUUUCGAUGAAUCUAGAUUUUGGCAACGCUGUAGAGAAUGAUCCGGAGCUACAUAUCUCCAGUUUGGCCUUUGUGAAUCAGUUGAUGUGGUCGACAUAUGAUCUUGCCGAAUAUGCAAAACUGCAUAGUGAUAAGCGUGACCUUAUUAUGAACCGCCUAGCAUCAUUGCGUGAGGAGGUUUAUGGUUGUGAAACUCGUGCAUCUCAGAAAUGUAAGUUGCACCACUCGGACAAUGUUAGGAACUGUACAUCGUUUGAUAUGCCAUGUGGUUCUCAGGGUACUGCUAAUCCUAAUGACACACCUACUUCUCCAUGGACUCAUUCUGAUUCUAUGGCAUAUGCCAAAACUAUUGAUAAUGAAGAACCUGUAAAUCCCACUCUAACUGACGACUCUAAAGGUUGCCAAACUCGUCCAUCUCACAAACGUAAGUUGCAGCACUCCGACGGUGUUAGUAACCGUACACCCUUUGCUAUGCCAUCGGCUUCUCAUGAUAAUGAUGUCCCAUAUGACACACCAUCGUUGUAUGACACUUAG